AUGUCCAAAAGAGUGAAUUUUGUACCUAUGGUUAACAGUGAAAGGAAGAAAAGGAAGCAUCUGUCUUUGUCAAUAGCUCAGAAAGUAGAGUUAUUGCAGAAGCUUGAUGCUGGUGUGUCCGUGAGACAUCUUACUGAAGAGUAUGGUGUGGGAACCACCACCAUAUAUGACCUAAGGAAACAGAAAGACAAGUUGCUGAAAUUUUAUAGUGACAGUGAUAACCAAGAGCUAAUGAAAAGUAGAAAAACAUUGCACAGGGCCAAAAAUGAAGAUCUUGACCGUGUGUUGAUUGAAUGGAUUCGACAGCAAAGAAGUAAAGAUAUGCCACUAACUGGUUUAUUGGUCAUGAAACAAGCUAGAAUAUACCACGAGGAACUGAACAUUGAAAGUGCGUGUGAGUAUUCAGAAGGCUGGCUGCAGAAAUUUAAAAAGCGUCAUGGUAUCAAAUAUCUUAGAAUGUGUGGUGAAAAAACUUCUGAUCAUGAAACUACUGAAACUUACAUUGAUGAAUUCGCUAAGAUAAUAUCUGAUGAAAACCUUAGCCCUGAACAAAUUUACAAUGCUGAUGAGACAGCUCUGUACUGGUGUUAUGUUCCUAGAAAAACCUUAACAAUGGCUAAUGAAAGGUUACCAACAGACCUCAAGGAUGCUAAGCAAAGAUUAACUGUUCUUGGGUGUGCUAAUGCUGCAGGCACACACAAAAUAAAAUUGGCAGUGAUAGGAAAAAGCCUAAAUCCAAAGUGUUUAAAAGAUGUGGGCAGUUUACCUGUGCAUUAUUAUGCAAACAAGAAAGCAUCAGUAACAAGAGAAAUCUUUUCUGACUGGCUCAAUAAGCACUUUGUGCCAGCAGCGCGAGCUCAUUGCAAGCAAUCUGGACUGAAAGACAAUUGCAAAAUUUUACUGUUUCUAGACAACUGUUCUGCACAUCCCCCUCCAGAACUUCUUGUGAAAAGUAAUGUUUUCAGCAUUUACCUUCCCCCUAAUGUAACAUCUAUAAUACAGCCCUGUGACCAAGGAAUUUUGCGCUCCAUGAAAAGCAAGUAUAAACAAUUUUUUUUUGAACAGCAUGCUUGCUUCGGUUAA